GUGUUGCAGUUACUCUGGAGAUUUAAACGACAGUGAAUAUUAAGGAACGAGUAGCGAGGAGAGCAAGAGCAAGUAUUGCACUCUGGAGGUAGUGGUAGUAGAGAGACUCGAACGGAGAUGGCCGGCGAUCUAUCAACCGAUUCUCUUAGAUUUAUUAUCGUCAUCUCCGCCUUUUUGACACUGCUGCUAGCUACGGGGUCAUAUGGGUCUCCUUCUGGAAGUCGCAAAACGGGCAAGUCUUCAUUAUCAUCGGUGUUUUCUUUAUUUAAUCUGAAAGAGAAGAGUAGGUUUUGGAGUGAAUCUGUUAUUCACAGUGGCGAUUUCGAUGAUUUAGAAUCUUCUAGCCCUGCCAAAACGGGACCUAUCAAUUUCACCGAAGCCGGUAACAUUGCAAGUUAUCUUAAGCUCCAAGAAGUGGAUUCCAUGUACCUUCCAGUUCCUGUAAAUUUCAUUUUCAUAGGCUUCGAAGGAAAAGGGAACCAAGCAUUCAAGCUUCAUUCAGAAGAAAUCGAGCGUUGGUUCACAAAAAUUGAUCACAUCUUUGAACAUACACGCGUACCAAAAAUUGGAGAAGUUCUCACCCCAUUUUACAAAAUUCAUGUAGACAAAGAGCAACAUCACCAUCUUCCCUUAGUCAGUCACAUAAAUUACAAUUUUUCUGUUCAUGCCAUUCAAAUGGGUGAAAAGGUUACUUAUAUCUUUGAGCAUGCCAUCAAUCUUUUGGCUCGCAAGGAUGAUGUGUCUGAUAACAGUGAUAACAAGGAUGUCCUGUGGCAAGUAGACAUGGACGUGAUGGAUGCUCUUUUCAGUAGUCUUGUUGAUUAUCUUCAACUUGACAAUGCAUAUAACGUUUUCAUUUUGAAUCCCAAGCAUGACCUAAAGAGGGCUAAAUAUGGCUACAGGAGAGGUUUGUCGGAGUCAGAAAUAACAUUUCUGAAAGAGAAUAAGAGCUUGCAAACAAAAAUUCUUCAGUCUGGAGGCGUUUCAGAAAGUGUUCUCGCACUUGAUAAGAUUAAGAGACCUCUGUAUGAAAAGCAUCCUAUGACCGCAUUUACCUGGACGAUAACUGAAGAAACUGAUACAGUGGAAUGGUAUAAUAUCUGCCUGGAUGCAUUGAACAAUGCUGAGAAGUUAUAUCAAGGGAAGGACACUUCUGACAUCAUUCAGAAUAAAGUCUUACAAUUAUUGAAAGGGAAGAAUGAGGAUAUGAAGCUUCUUCUUGAAAAAGAGUUAAAAUCUGGGGGCUUCAGUGAUUUUCCUGCAGAGUGUCUUACAGAUACAUGGAUCGGAAGGGACAGGUGGGCCUUUAUUGAUUUAACUGCUGGCCCCUUCUCGUGGGGUCCUGCUGUUGGUGGAGAAGGUGUGCGCACAGAGCGUAGUUUGCCAAAUGUGCAGAAAACUAUUGGUGCAGUUGCUGAGAUUUCAGAAGAUGAAGCUGAAGAGCGCUUGCAAGAAGCAAUUCAGGAAAAGUUUUCAGUACUUGGUGAUAAGGAUCAUCAAGCCAUCGAUAUUCUUUUGGCUGAAAUUGAUAUUUAUGAGCUUUUUGCUUUCAAGCACUGCAAAGGAAGGAGAGUUAAGCUAGCUCUUUGUGAAGAGCUUGAUGAGAGAAUGCGGGAUUUGAAAAAUGAGCUCCAGUCUCUUGACCAUGAAGAGCAUGAUGAAAGUCAUAAGAAGAAGGCCGUAGAGGCAUUAAAACGAAUGGAGAGUUGGAAUCUUUUCAGUGAUACCCAUGAGCAGGAGUUUCGAAACUACACAGUUGCAAGGGAUACCUUUCUUGCACAUUUAGGUGCAACCCUUUGGGGGUCUAUGAGACAUGUAAUCUCACCUUCACUAUCUGAUGGAGCAUUCCACUAUUACGAGAAGAUAUCCUUUCAGUUCUUUUUCGUCACACAUGAAAAAGUUAGGAAUGUUAAACAUCUACCUGUUGAUCUUGAGGCUCUAAAGAAUGGGCUAUCCUCCUUACUUGUAUCAUCACAAAAGGCUAUGUUCAGUGAGAACCUAGUAGUGCUGUCAGAGGAUCCUGCAUUAGCAAUGGCCUUUUCAGUGGCUCGGCGAGCAGCAGCUGUCCCAUUAUUGCUUGUUAAUGGAACAUAUAGGAAAACCACUCGGUCCUAUCUUGAUUCCUCCAUUCUCCAGCAUCAGUUGCAGAGGCAGCUCCAUGACCAUGGUUCUCUCAAAGGAGCACAUGCCCAUAGUAGGUCAACACUUGAAGUUCCUAUCUUUUGGUUCAUUUAUGGCGAGCCACUAUUAGUUGACAAGCAUUAUCAGGCAAAGGCUCUUUCUGACAUGGUUAUUGUGGUCCAGUCAGAGCCAUCAUCUUGGGAAAGCCAUCUGCAGUGUAAUGGGCAAUCAGUUUUGUGGGAUUUGAGGAGCCCUAUAAAAGCUGUGUUGGCUUCUGUCUCCGAACAUCUGGCUGGUUUACUUCCACUUCAUCUUGUCUACAGCCAUGCCCAUGAAACUGCAAUUGAGGAUUGGGUAUGGUCAGUGGGAUGCAAUCCUUUUUCAAUCACUUCCAGAGGUUGGCAUAUGUCACAAUUUCAGUCUGAUACAAUUGCUCGGAGCUACAUCAUCACAGCGCUUGAAGAGUCAAUACAACUGGUCAAUGCAGCCAUUCGUCGUCUACUCAUGGAACAUACAUCUGAAAAGACCUUCAAAAUGUUUCAGUCUGAGGAGCGAGAACUUGUGAACAAGUAUAAUUAUGUUGUUAGCCUUUGGAGAAGGAUUUCAACUAUUCAUGGAGAGCUGCGUUACAUGGAUGCAAUGAGACUUCUUUAUACUUUAGAGGAUGCAUCUGAAAGGUUUGCUAAUCAAGUGAAUGCGACUAUGGCUGUUCUUCACCCAAUUCACUGCAUGAGAGAGAGAAAAGUACAUGUGGUGAUUGAUAUGACAACAGUCCCUGCUUUCUUGGUUGUUCUUGGUGUUCUGUAUAUGGUUCUGAAGCCUAGACGACCAAAACCCAAGAUUAAUUAAUAUCCUUCUAGGUGGAAGUCAUGGUUGCGAAGCUGUGCGGGAUUAUGCAUGAAGACUUGUAAAGUUACUUCGAGGGGAAUGAUUAUGCAAAAUUUUCGUUCCUGUUUAGCAUAUUAAUCAUACACAGUUUUGUUCUCCAUUUAAGGCUGCGAAAUUUUAACCAAAUGUUUGUGAAUCAAAGAGGAAAUCGGAAUGAGAUGCAGUGAUGUAAUCACUAAUCAACGAGCUAGAAAAUUGCAUUGCGGUUUGCUUGAGUUCUGUACAAUCGUGUGCUCUCUGACCCAGUAGUUAACCUGUUGUUUAGAAUUUGGAACUGUAGGCAAAAGGUUUGUAACAUACGUUUGAAUUGUACAUCAAUUUGAGUUCGUAGAGAAUUAUAACUUUCUGCA